CAACCCCACCCGUUUCAGCUCCUGGUCUAUACUACUCCGUAUACAUUUCUGAAAUCCGUUGGCUGCUCACCGUCACCGUUGCAGCUUCUCUCGAUCGAAAUUCGGGUCAAUGGCGAAUUGGAUACUGAUCACAAUUACUACGCCAGUUCUUUCCCUUGUGCUGUGGCUCACAAUAGUCGUGCUCAAUGGGCGGAGAAACAGGAAGAAAGCAAUUGGAUUCUUCCACCCUUAUACCAAUGACGGCGGAGGCGGAGAGCGAGUCCUUUGGUGUGCUGUAAAGGCCAUCCAAGACGAAUGCCCUGACCUCAUCUGCGUUAUUUACACUGGCGACCAUGAUGCUUCUCCCGAAAGUCUUAACGCUCGGGCCUUUGAUCGAUUUGGUGUCAGACUGCUUAAUCAUCCUCAGGUGGUCCAUCUAUAUAACAGAAAAUGGAUCGAAGAGACCAUGUAUCCUCGAUUUACAAUGAUUGGUCAAAGCCUUGGAUCUGUCUAUCUCUCGUGGGAAGCUCUUUCCAAGUUUACCCCUUUGUACUAUUUAGAUACGAGUGGAUAUGCUUUUACUUAUCCAGUUGCCAGGAUGUUUGGCUGCAAAGUUAUGUGCUACACUCAUUACCCUACAAUCAGUUUGGACAUGCUGUCACGUGUUCAUUCUCGGAGUUCUAUGUACAAUAAUGAUGCCUUGAUUGCUAAGAGUGCCUUAUUGUCUAGGUGCAAAGUUGUUUAUUAUACAAUUUUUAGCUGGAUGUAUGGAUUUGCUGGUUCCUGUUCACAUCUUGCAAUGGUGAACUCCUCGUGGACGCAAUCUCAUAUUGAAAAGCUAUGGGGAAUAACAUCUCGUACUAGGAGGGUGUACCCUCCUUGUGAUACUUCAGGUCUUCAGGUGCUCCCUCUUGAAAGGCAAAUGGAUUGUCCAAAGAUUAUAUCUGUAGCUCAAUUCCGUCCAGAAAAGGCUCACCCUCUCCAAUUGGAGGCUUUUGCUCUUGCCAUAAAAAAGUUGGAAGUGCACCUACCUAGACCUAAGCUCCAACUUGUGGGUAGUUGUAGAAACGAAGCAGAUGAGAAUAGACUUCAAAAUUUAAAGGGCAUGGCGAAACAACUAAAUGUUGAAUCUGAUGUGGAGUUCCAUAAGAAUUUGAUGUACAGUGAUCUUGUGAGACUUUUAGGUGGUGCUGUUGCCGGUAUACAUUCCAUGAUAGAUGAGCACUUUGGCAUAUGCAUUGUGGAGUACAUGGCUGCAGGAGCCAUACCAAUUGCUCAUAAUUCUGCUGGCCCGAAGAUGGACAUUGUUUUGCCUCAAGAUGGAAAGCAGACUGGAUUCCUGGCGCAAGAUGUUGAAGAAUAUGCUGAUGCCAUCAUUGAAAUCAUUAAGAUGUCUAGUGCCCAAAGGUUGGAGAUGGCAACAGCUGCAAGGAGACGAGCUUCUUUGUUCUCAGAGGAAAGAUUUUAUGUCGAUUUUAAAGCUGCGGUUCGACCAAUCUUGUCCCACAGGUCCCAUUGAUCUUACAAUUGUUCCUAAAUAGGAAUUGGAUGCUAACAAGCCUGCCCACACGCUCACACACACGUUCAUAUAAAAUGAAACAUGCUAAAGAAUUGUGGUGCUCUUAUAUCAUAUGGGCCAUAUAAUCUCUUUUAGGUCAAAUCUUCCUGCUUUUUGACACAUACUUGUUUUUUUACCGAUACAGCAUGUGGUCUUAGCCGCGUAAUGUUUUUUUGUUAACUAAGAACAUUUUUACUUUAGCAGUCAGUUUUUCUUCAAUCGAUUGAAUGUCGGUUCGUUAGGUCAUUUUAUUUCAUUUUCAAUGCUGAAAGUUGUUUGUUCACCAAGUGCAUAAUUCGACAUUUUAUUUCUUGUUCGAUUAAUAAAUAUAUUAGUGUUCCC